GGGACAAAUCUGAGUUUUAUUUGACUGCAGGCUUCUCUAAUAUUUUGGUUUUAAGGCUCUUGCAUAUUUUUGGGGGGUAGAUUUUCAACCCUAAUCCUGAUUCAGUGUCAUAUUCUUUGACAUCCGUAUCCGAGAACAAAUCUAGUGUUUCAGUAUCCAGGUUGUCCUUGCCCAGUACCAUGGAGAAAUUUCUUUGUGAUCGAUUGCUUGACCCCACCCAGCCCAUAUCUGAGCGUUUCCGAGCCCUCUUCUCCCUUCGCAACCUCAAAGGCCCUGGCCCUCGCAACGCUCUCAUUCAAGCAACAAGGGAUUCAUCAAAUUUAUUGGCUCAUGAAGCUGCAUUUGCAUUGGGUCAAAUGCAAGAUGCUGAAGCUAUCCCUGCUUUGAAAGCAGUUCUCAAUGAUUUUUCUUUGCAUCCCAUUGUUCGUCAUGAGGCAGCAGAAGCACUUGGUGCAAUUGGUUUAGAGAGUAACAUUCCUCUUUUGAAGAAUAGUUUGGUUCUAGACCCAGCUCAGGAGGUCCGUGAGACAUGUGAGCUGGCUCUCCAGCGAAUUGAGGAGUUAAAGUCUGGUGGUAGUGAUGAUAAAGCAUCCAUGGCAGAAAAGUCACCUUUUUUGUCAGUUGACCCUGCUGCACCAGCUUCGUCUUAUUCAUCUAUUGAUAAAUUGAGGGAGGUGCUGUUGGAUGAAGAAAGAGGCAUGUAUGAGAGGUAUUCAGCUCUUUUUGCUCUCCGAAAUCAUGGUGGACAGGAAGCUGUUUCUGCCAUUAUUGAUUCUUUGGGUACAAAAAGUGCUUUGUUGAAGCAUGAGGUUGCUUAUGUCUUGGGUCAGCUGCAAAAUAAAGCUGCUUCAGCUGCACUUAGCAGUAUACUCAGGAAUGCAAGUGAGCACCCAAUGGUUAGACAUGAAGCUGCUGAAGCUCUCGGUUCUAUUGCAGAUGAUGAAAGUGUAGCGCUGCUUGAGGAAUUUGCUGGAGAUCCUGAGCCUAUUGUCUCAGAGAGUUGUGAAGUUGCUCUUAGCAUGCUUGAAUUUGAGAGAGCUGGAAAAUCAUUUGAGUUCCUCUUCAUGCAAACUCCUUUGGUGCAUUAGAACUGGUUAAAAAUGAGCUGGGGAAAGACAGAAGAAGAAUGAUAUAUCAUGAUUUUUGUUUUUUUUUAAAUAUAGUCACAUCAACAUGCACUUAUGGUGAUUAGGGUUUGUAUUACGGCUUUGAUAUAUUUUGGAGAGAAUUGAUCACCCAAAAUUUGUAAGCAUAACUUAUGAUCUGCUGAUAAGAGUCAUGCAAAACAAUAUUCAUUAUACAUGCUUAGUGGAAAUUUAGAACUUUUCCCACAAGUAAGAUCA